UCUGAAUAUGCGAAGCUUCCUAGUUUACUGAGACAAGGCGUCAUAAACAUGUAUAACCAGAAUGAGUCACACUUUUCACCUUGAGGCCACUUCUGUUCCAACAUGUCUGCAGAGAUGGAUGGGAAUGAAGUGAGAGGAGACCUUCUUUUUUCAGCUGUUUUUCAGGGUGCGUUCGCGUCUACAAGGAGACCAAAAAGAAAAUCACUCGCAACUCUCUCAGGCACUUCUCGGGGAAUGUAUCGUCACCUUGCUUCAAGUUUUUAAGAACAGAACAAAACAGUUUUGUCAUGUCGGCAUGGCAUCCAUGGAGACAUUUGCCUCAGGUCAAAAGAAGAAAUGAAAUACCUCUCACUUGUGUAUUCUGCGGAUCUCUAAGUCAUUUAAAAUCAACAACUCCACACCAGCCGACCACCAUGAAUGCCUCAGUCCUUCCAGUCUCCAACAACACCCCACUCUGCUACUCCAACAGGAGCCCUCCAUUCAAGUUCCACCCCAGUGUCACCUCAAUCUACUUCUCAGCCAUCUUCAUGGCUUUAGGUCUCCCUUCCAAUCUCAUUGCCUUCAUUGUUCUCUUCAAGUCCUUCCAGCGGACAUGUAGUCGCUCCCGCUCUUUCUUCCUGAUCUUCCUGGGCGGCCUUGUGGUUACUGACUUCAUGGGUCUCCUGGUCACAGGCACCAUUGUGGUCUCCUUCUAUAUUACACAUUUUAAUUGGCGCCAGAUAGACCCAAACUGCCAUUUCUGCAACUUCAUGGGUAUGUCAAUGGUCUUCUACGGACUGUGCCCACUGCUGCUCAGCGCCACCAUGGCCGUGGAGCGCUUCAUUGGCAUCAACCAUCCAUUUGCACGCUCCACCAGCAUGCCAAAGAGCCGGACGGUCUCCAUGGUGCUGAUGGUGUGGCUGAUUGCUGGCUGCAUAGCUUUGCUGCCCCUAACAGGCCUUGGAAGCUACCAUAUACAGAUGCCGGGCUCCUGGUGCUUUUUCAACAUUAGCUCAGAGGGAAAGGACAUGGCCUUCUCCCUGAUCUUCUCUCUGGUUGGACUGGUUUGUAUCUCUGUGUCCUUUUUGCUGAACACAGUGAGCGUAGUGACCCUGAUCAAGGUGUGCUGUGGACAGGACAGGACCCAGCGACGACGAGACCAUGAAGUGGAGAUGAUGGUGCAGCUUAUCCUGAUCAUGAUCAUCGCUUCUGUUUGCUGGUGUCCCCUACUGGUCUUUAUCGCUCAGACUGUGCUAUCCGGAGGACCUCUCCAGAUCAGAUUCCUACUGCUCUGGCUGCGCUUCGCCACCUUGAACCAGAUCCUAGACCCUUGGGUCUACAUUUUGUUUCGCAGGGCAGUUUUUAAGAGAAUCUACCCCCGCCUCGACUGGUCCCGGAACUCUGUCAUAAGCCUGUACCCAUCUUUCGGUGAGACUGUCCGCAGGUUCACACGAGCUUCAUUCAAGAGCAGCCUGGACUCUGAUGGAACAGAAGAGACAGAGAAAUCUAAUGUGACCGCUAAAUCUGCUUUAAAGCCGGAGCCUCCUCCUCCUCCUCCAUGAUUAGCUGGACUUAGUUGCCACAAACUAAGUGGUGUCAUCAUGGUCACAGUGCAUGUUUGACUGUUUCCAUUGAAUUUUUAGUGGACUGUGACCAGGAUCGGCUGGAUGAUUUCACCAAUAAUCUGAAAGGAUUUGAUCUUGUUAUGUUAUCGCAUACUCUGUACUCUGCAGUAUCAGUAAUGGCACUUUCUAGAUGUUCUGUUUCGUGUUUUAGACAUUAUGUUACAGUAGAUAAAAGUAAUCAUUCUGGCAAUUGUUCACAUGAAAUGCUUCAAAUUUGUGAGACAAUAUGCCCUUUAAGCACAUGUACACUUUGCCCAGAUGCUCUUGUGUGUCACAUUCUCAAAGCAUUUAGCUCAACAUUUUGUGAGGAACCCUUGAAUGUUCAUUGUAACAGUAGAGAAGUGGAUUUCAAAAACAUCAGACAUUGAUAUCAGACUGUGAGAGAUGCCACAACGUAGAAGCGGUUUAAUCAAAGUGAUAUACUUUCUUAAAAUCUUUCAAGUACUUCCAGUACUAUUUCCAUUUCAUUGUAGGAGUGAUUGUAUUCUAUAUACCUAUUUAUGCAGAUAAUAUAGUCCUUUAUUACAAUGCUGGAGAUACUUUCAAAUCACAGGCCAUGGGACAGAAUUUGUUUCCAUAUUUUCAAGAUGUAAAUUUCCUUAUAGCCAAAAUCUGGAAAUUAUUAGACCCUAACUUGAAUUUUACAAAUCUGUGUAAAAAUGAUGGAGAGCAAUAGCUUUAAUUUUACACUAUUAGUAAUCCCUGUUCAUCUUUAUCAUAUAUGAAUUGUGGUCAAACGUGGCAGAAAAGCAAAGGUUAGACUGCUGAAACUGAUACAAGCAGAAAGCACAAUUGCUGUUUUUCAGUUGAAAGUUUAAAUUUAAAUUGCCUAUUAUGUCUGAAAGUGUUCUGUAACAUUAGAUUGUGAUAGUAAUAUAUUAUUUGUUUCAAAAGCAGUGUUACCACUUUACUGACUAUUCACUGUAUUGCUGGUUUGCUUUUGUUCUCACUGGUGAUUUCAUACUCUCUUUAAACUCUUGAAACUUCGCCAGAAGUUGGUGUGUAGCUAUUCACAUAGUUGUGAUUUUUUUUUUGACCAGGCUUUAAUAUACCCAUCUUUGACAUUUUUACAUGGAAGUAAAAUGCAUAUGCGGUGUAUGAAAAGUGACUGAGAGUAAGUGUGAAAAUUCUUCUUGCUUGUCUUCCCUUCAAAUGAAUGAUCAGGGGUGCUAACACAUUGUAGAAAGUCUAUGAGUUCCUAAACGAGUAUGUGUGAUUUAAGUUUGGAGGAUACUGCUGAUGCAAAUACUUCCUCGAUCCAAAGCGACUCCAGAGGCACACUGCCAGUAAGAUUUUAAGAGCAUCUGUGCAUCAUCAAGAUGUUUAGGUUUUAAGUCGAUGUCACCUGUUUAAAUACAUCCAGUUUGAUAAUUUUCUCAUUUUAGCCCUGACAAAGCUAAAUUGUUUUUCACUGUUUCUGACACUACAUGAUUGCUUAGUUAUUCAGAUAUGCAGUAUGAAAUAUUUACACUGAUUCUGUAAAUGAAUUGCUUUGAACAUUGUAUGUACAUUGAACACUUAUGCCAAUUAGAUUGUUACCCAAUUAAGAAACAAAUAACUGAACCAGUCACAGAUAAUGGCUCAGAUAUGUCUUGUCCUAACUCCUUAGCAGUAUCAUCCAGUAAAAAUGAAGUGUACAGGCUGAAUGUGCUUUACAGAAAUGCCGUGUGAUUGUACAUACAAAUAAAGCUCAAGUGAAAUGCAGAAAAUCA